AUGGCGCGUCCGGAUUCUCGGUACGCCGCUCCUGAGUGUCUGGCACUCACCACUAGUUGGGCCAAAUCACUCAUAUCCAGACACUGCCGUCCGACACCAGAAGGUCGUGAAGUUGAGUAUGAAGGUCCAGAUGAACAUCCUGUGCCGAAAAUAACCAAAUCAAAAGCAAAAACUCGCGUGGACGGAGUCUAUACUAAUUUGAAAUCUGAAUCACCAGGCACUUGGUCAGACAUGUUCUCCCUCGGACUUCUCAUAUGUUCGAUGUACACUACUGGACAGCCGUCUAGUAACUCGUGUUUCCGUGUCACCUACGAACAUGAGGCUUCCUUACCAACCGGUCUGCAUGACAGCGUGCAACAAACGACAAGUGAACGCGGCGUGCUUACAGAAGAUCACUCAGAAAUGCUCUCAAAAGAUAAGAAUGCGGAAAUACGACAUGCUAAACAACUCGCCGACGAUGAAACUCUCCCUUCUGCUUUUCGAACGGCAGUAACACGAAUGCCGCUCGAGUUAGUUGACCCAGUGGAAAAAAUGCUAUCUCGAGAAACCCAUAGAAGGCCAACCUCACAACUCUUUUCACUGUUGAAAUUCUUUAACGACCCUGCUUUGAUAUGCUUGGACGUUAUGCUGAAUUUCGAAAACAAAACUCAAGAGGAUAGACUCAAAGGCCUGCAAUCAAUCGUCACAAACCUGGACACGCUACCAAAGGAAAUUAUAUACGAGAAGCUCGUCCCGCUACUGUUAGAAUGCUAUGAAAAAUUGAAAUCUGCGGAACCAACGCCUGCUGUUUCAGACAGCAAUUCUUCUUCGUUGGAUGUUCUACGAAAGAUCAUCGGCGUUUUCGCUGCCAUUGUGGAAUAUUCUACACCAAGAAACUAUGAGAAGUAUAUGGAAGUGCCGUUGGUGAAACUACUAGAAUCAAGCAGGGAUAUAUAUAGUAAGACGGAAAUUUUGCGGCAGGUUUCUCAUUUGACGAAACAUGCAUCUGCGCAAGUUAUUGAGCAACUCAUGGUUCCUAUCGUCUGCUCGUGUUUGGAAUCACAGAUUACAGACACAAAAAUUGUUGCCAUCGAAAGUCUAAAAGAAAUGUCCUCCUACUUUCAACAAACGGAGCUUGAUACACUGGUGCUCAAACGUCUAAUAAAUUCGUAUGGAAGAUGGAGUGAUCAAUUCAGACUAAACUUCACCAUCAUCACAAGCCUUCGUCCGAUGGUUCGUCAACUCAGUAUUCGUGCAAUACAAGAGCAGCUGAUCCCAUUUUUGGUUGAAUGUUGCAAAUCAGUUUCUGCGGACGCCAUAACAGUAAACGGAAGCGGUCUCACAGAUGUGGUGGAGCAGCCAGCUCCCCUAAUUUGUAGCGUUUGGAAGGAUAUCAUCAGCACACGAGCAAACUCACUGGAUUCCCAAGUGAUUACAAGACAAAUCUUUCCAAGCAUCCUUCCCCACAUAUUAAAUCAGACGUUGUCUGUCACAGAGUUUCGCAUCAUCAUGUCCACACUGUAUGCCUUAUUGGACACGUUGGACGUUCCGACGGCAGGAUCACAGACCAGUAUGGAUAAUGCGCAGUACUAUCUCAUUCCGGCUGUCACCGUGAAUACACCGAACGAUACAUGUACAAGCAGACGCGCAUCUGGAAUUAGUAUUGGACAAAGGGAUUCCGACCAAUGUGAAAUUAAUUCUGGUACACGAAGGAAGACAGUGCGUGCCGCCGUUCCGUUUGUUCCAAUGCUGCAUCCAAAACAGUUGCAAGAGAUGGAGCAAUCCCCGAAUUUACCGCGAAGGGCUAGUGCACAUGUGAUACUCCCGUUACCGCAAUCUUUUGACUCAGCGGAAAGCAUCACAGGACGAGCUAGUGACAGGUCGGUUCCGAGCAAGUCGAUUUUCAAUUUGAGCUCUCCGCUAAACCUACCACUUCCAUCCUUUUCGGGGCAAAGAAGGCACAGUUCGGAUGCACCAAGAGAAAGAACCUCGCAGCAAGUACCUAUUUUACAUAUUCAAAGUAACCAGCAUUCAUUAUCUCGCGUGAGCAGUGAAAACACCAUGAGUAAUUUACAACAUAGUUUAGCAGUCUCGAAAAGACAAUCUCGAAUGCUGGAGUCGCCUGAGAUCAAUCUUCUUACUGCUCGUGUUUGUGAAGGACCCUUUAUUUCAGCACCAUCCAUCGGCAUGAGUUCCAGAAGGUCAUCAUCAACGCGAAUUGCGGAGACUGUUAACGAUCUAAACAUGAUCCGACAGAAUGUCGCGAACCAAAGCAGGCCGCAACUUACCGGUGGACUUGGUGAUGUACCAUCUGCAAGGAAGUCCAGCUUAUACGCGUUAGGUGACGCUGUGUUUAUCAAUGAAGAGACGACGAAGGAAUUACUCAAAAGACGUACAGAUAUCAAAGCGAACACGCUUUAG